GCCACGGUUCCCUAUGGUUUGAUUGACAGGGGAGAACGACACCAGCAGCCGGAACUUGACUCCUCGAAUAACUCAUCCACCACGCCGCCUCACGCCCGGCUGCUGCACUGCGUCCUCUUGCUCCUCGCGACCCCAGCGACGGUCUUCGGAAUUGCCGUCCAGUCCUGCGCAAGCUGCUUCAGCAUCCUGUUGAUGCCGAGAGCCUGCUAGGCCUCUCGGGUCCCCUCAGCCAAGAUGCAGGCCUCCUCGGGAAUGCUCACAAAGUUUGAGUCCAAGUCGUCACGCGCAAAGGGCAUCGCAUUCCACCCUAAACGACCAUGGAUCCUCGUCUCCCUCCACUCUUCCACAAUCCAGCUCUGGGAUUAUCGAAUGGGCACCCUCAUUGACCGAUUCGAAGAGCACGAUGGCCCCGUCCGUGGCGUCGACUUCCACAAGACGCAGCCUCUUUUUGUUUCGGGCGGUGACGACUAUAAGAUCAAGGUAUGGUCUUACCAGACCCGCCGGUGUCUGUUCACGCUCAACGGCCAUCUCGACUACGUCCGUACCGUCUUCUUCCACCACGAGCUGCCCUGGAUCGUCAGCGCCAGUGACGACCAGACCAUCCGGAUAUGGAACUGGCAGAACCGCUCUCUGCUUUGCACCAUGACUGGUCAUAAUCACUAUGCCAUGUGCGCUCAGUUCCACCCCAAAGAGGACCUCGUUGUUUCGGCCUCCCUGGACCAGUCCGUCCGUGUGUGGGAUAUUUCGGGACUUCGCAAGAAGCACUCUGCUCCGACGUCUAUGUCCUUCGAGGAUCAAGUCGCACGUGCCAACGCGAACCAGACCGACAUGUUCGGCAACACAGAUGCCGUCGUCAAAUUUGUCCUCGAGGGCCACGACAGGGGCGUGAACUGGGUGGCUUUCCACCCCACCAUGCCAUUGAUCGUCUCAGCCGGAGAUGAUCGCCUCAUCAAGCUGUGGCGUAUGAGCGAAACGAAGGCUUGGGAGGUCGACACCUGCCGAGGCCACUUCCAGAACGCCAGCGGCUGUCUUUUCCACCCCCACCAAGAUCUCAUCCUUUCCGCGGGCGAGGACAAGACCAUCAGGGUUUGGGACCUGAAUAAGCGGACGGCUGUGCACACCUUCAAGCGUGAGAACGACCGAUUCUGGGUCAUUGCUGCCCACCCGGAGAUCAACCUCUUCGCGGCCGGCCAUGAUAAUGGCGUGAUGGUGUUCAAACUGGAGCGUGAGAGGCCAGCUUCGGCGGUCUACCAGAACACGCUGUUCUACAUUACCAAGGACAAGUGUGUCAAGUCCUACGACUUCCAGAAGAAUGUCGAGUCCCCCACGCUAUUGUCGCUCAAGAAGCUUGGCAGCCCCUGGGUCCCCCCUCGCACCUUAUCUUACAACCCUGCUGAGCGCUCGGUCUUGGUCACAUCGCCGGCAGACGGCGGUACCUACGAGCUCGUCAACCUCCCCCGCGAUGGCUCUGGGGCGAUCGAACCAGCAGAAUCCAAGCGCGGCCAGGGCAACUCGGCUAUCUUCGUCGCCCGCAACCGGUUUGCCGUGUUGAACACGUCCACCCAGACCGUUGACAUCAAAGACCUAACCAACAACACAACGAGGUCGUUCAAGUCCCCAGUGGGAACGAGCGAUAUCUAUUUCGGUGGAACCGGCAACCUUCUCAUCAUCACCCCAACGGCUGUACACCUCUACGAUAUCCAGCAGAAGAAGACGACCGCAGAGCUCGCCGUUAACGGGGUCAAGUACGUCGUCUGGUCGAACGACGGCCUCUAUGCUGCCCUGCUCAGCAAGCACAACGUCACCAUCGUGACCAAGACCCUGGAACAGGUCAGCACGCUACAUGAGACGAUCCGGAUCAAAAGCGCGACCUGGGACGACGCUGGCGUCCUCCUGUACUCGACUCUGAACCACGUAAAGUACACCCUUCUCAACGGAGACAAUGGCAUUGUUCGGACCCUCGAUCAGACGGUGUACCUCGUUCGGGUCAAGGGCCGUAAUGUCUACUGCCUUGACCGUGCUGCGAAGCCCAGGAUCCUGCAGAUCGAUCCCACUGAAUACCGGUUCAAGCUGGCUCUCGUGAAGAGGAAUUACGAGGAAAUGCUGCACAUCAUCCAAAACUCCAGCUUGGUUGGCCAGUCAAUUAUCGCCUACCUGCAAAAGAAAGGCUACCCCGAGAUCGCUCUUCAAUUCGUUCAGGAUCCCGCAACACGCUUCGAGCUUGCGAUUGAGUGCGGGAAUCUAGAGGUGGCCGUCGAGGUGGCUAAGCAGCUGGACCGCCCGAAGCUCUGGACGAGGUUAAGCACCGAGGCGCUCGCUCACGGGAACCACUCUAUUGUCGAGAUGUGUUACCAGAAGCUCAAGCACUUCGACAAGCUCUCGUUCCUUUAUCUCACAACCGGCGACAACACCAAGCUGUCCAGGAUGGCCAAGAUUGCUGAGCACCGCGGGGACUUUACCUCAAGGUUCCAAAACGCUCUGUAUCUUGGCGAGGCCGAGGACCGGAUCCAGAUGUUCAAGGAGAUCGACUUGUACCCCCUGGCGUACAUGACCGCCAAGGCUCAUGGGCUGGACGAGGAGUGCCAGUCCAUCCUUGAAGCCACUGGCCUCACCGAGGAGCAACUUAACCUCCCAACGUUUGGUGAACCACUCACCCCGCCCAGGCCCGUGGUGCCAACGCAUCAGGCCAACUGGCCGACCAAGGCAACCUCACAGUCCUUCUUCGAAAAGGCGCUCCUUGGUCAAAUGGAGGGUCUCUCAUUAGAAGAGGAGCCCGCUGCGGCCAACGGACUGGGCGAGGCGGAAGAGGAAGGCACCGCCAAGCGGGACGCUCUCGGAGAAGCUGAGGAGGAUGAAGACGCUGCUGGCUGGGAUAUGGGUGAAGACAUCGUUCCAGAGGUAGAGGAGGGCUUCGUCAACAUCGAGAGCGCCGAUGCUGGCGGCGCUGGCAGCAGCGAAGCGGAUUUGUGGGCACGCAACUCUCCGUUGGCUGUCGACCACGUUGCUGGCGGCUCAUUCGAGACGGCUAUGCAACUUCUCAACCGCCAGGUCGGUGCGGUAAACUUCGGACCACUAAAGCCCCGGUUCAUGGAGGUGUACCAAGCUUCCAAGACGUACCUCCCCGCGUCUGCCGGCCUACCGCCGCUCGUCAACUACGUCCGUCGCACAGUUGAGGAGUCGGAUCCUAGGAAAGUCCUUCCCAUCAUUCCCCGAGACUUGGAAUAUCUCGCUGCCAACGACCUGCAACGCGGUUAUGACGCAAUGAAGGCCAACAAGCUGGAGGACGGCCUGAAGAUUUUCAAGGGCAUUCUGCACUCGGUGCUCAUCAACGCUGUGGGCAGCGACAGCGAGGUGGCCGAGGCUAAGAAGCUGAUUGCUUCAGCGAGCGAGUACGCUGUGGCCAUGUCGAUUGAGCUUGGGCGAAGAGCCCUGGGCACGCCUGACGCCAUCAACAAGAACCCCCAGCUGCUGAAACGGAGCUUGGAGCUGUCGGCUUACUUCACGAUUCCGAAGAUUGAGGUGCCGCACCGGCAGCUGGCGCUCUUGAACGCCAUGAACCUGGCUAUGAGGAGCAAGAACUACAACUCGGCUCUGAGCUUUGCCAAUAGGAUAUUGGCCAAUGGAGGCGCGAGCAAGAUUCUGGAGAGUGCCCGCAAGACAAAGGCUCAGUGCGAGCGCAGUCCGCACGACGCAGUAGAGAUCGAGUUUGACCAGUUUGCCGAAUUCGAGAUCUGCGCCGCAAGCCACACGCCUAUUUACAGCGGCACCGCGUACGAGGAGUGCGCCUUCGACGGGUCCAAGUAUCACACCAAGUAUAAGGGCACAGUGUGCGUGGUUUGCGAGGUCUGCGAGGUCGGCAAGCACGGGAGUGGCCUGAAGCUGUUCGCUUAAGACGGUACAAGGCGAAUGGGCGGAGCUAUAAUAUAGCCAGAGGUGCUUGAUGUAUCUGGCUCGCAACUUGGCGGGGGCUUUAUGGAGUGGAAAAGUCUAGAGAAGCUGGUCACGGCUAGGCGGGCAUGUUUGAUGUGUGGAUCAUGAGUUCCAGUAGUUGUAACCUGAGC